ACACCAAGUUUCAGCAGCUAUGAGUAUACUCGAUGGCCUUUCUUCAGAUGAUCCUUCAAUACAGCUUGAAUCCGCUACCAAGAUCAACAGGUUUCUUCUAUCACAGGGAAUGCAAGGAAACAUUACUCCUAAUAUCGAAGAUCUGAUACGAUCUAGAGUUGUACCUCGUUUCGUCGACUUUCUCUGCAAUGACGAGCUCCCUUCGCUUCAAUAUGAGGCAGCUUACGGUUUAACAAUCAUUGCUGAUCUUAAACCGGAUCUGGUAGUUGAUCACGAUGCUGGUCCAAUCUUAGUCGAGCUUCUUAAUUCUCCUACACAUUAUGUCCGUCAGCAGGCUAUAUGGGCACUGGGUAAUGUUGCUAAUCAUCCGAGACACCGUGACUAUGUUCUUGGAUGUGAGGUAUUGAAGCCACUGCUCAGUCAGCUGUACAAGGAUACUAACUUGUCGAUGCUCAGAAUUGCCACUCGGACUUUGUCUUUCUUGUGUCAUGGCAUGCCUCCGCCUACCUUUGACGAGGUGAAACCUGCACUUGAAAUACAUCUUAAUUCAAGUGAUGAAGAAGUCUUGAAGUAUGUUUGCUGGGCAAUUUCGUAUCUGUGUGAUGGUUCAGAAGAUGUAAUCCAAAGUGUUAUUGAAGCUGGUUUUGUCCCAAAACUAGUUGAAGUUCUCCGACACCCUUCCCCAGUUGUACUUGCUCCUGUACUUCGUACCAUUGGGACUAUAGUUACUGCAAAUAAUCACCAGAUCCAAUGUGUGAUCAAUUGUGGUGCUUUACCCAUUCUUGGCGACCUGUUAACUCGAGGCUAUGGGAGAUACAUAAGGAUAGAUACUUUCAAUACGAUUAUAAGCAUCACUUCAGGCUUUGGAGAACAAAUUCAGUCACUUAUUGAUGCACAUAUGAUUCCAAAGUUGGUUUAUCUGGCUCAAAAUACUGAACUGGAUUUGAAGAACGUAGCUGUAUUGGCAAUUUGCAAUGUGACCACAGGUUGUUCUGAUGAUCAAAUCAAAUACUUGGUGGAGCAGGGUUGCAUAAAGCCUUUAUGUGAUCUCCUGGUAUGUUCAGACGUAAAGACCAUCUUAGCGUGUCUGGAAGGAUUGGAAAAAAUUUUGAAUGUCGGAGAGGCAGAGAAGAACAUAGGAGAGGUGAACAAUUACUGUCAGCUGAUUGAAGGUGCGGAAGGGCUAGAAAAGAUUGAGGACCUGCAAAAACACGAAAGCGAGGAGAUCUACGAGAAGGCUUUGAAGAUUCUGGAGACAUACUGGGAUGAAGAGGAUGAUGAGGAGACACAACAACCUCCAAGCUGAUGGAUCUUGUCUUUUCUUGGCGACAUUUUGAACUCUCCGUCACUGGUUCGUCUAUUGAAAGUACAGAGUCGAUAGAAGAGCUUUUGCUCCAUUUUUCAAGUUUGAUGUUUACUUUUGUUUCGUUGACGUUUUGUGACGUUCUGAGGUUAUUGGAGA